GGGCAGGCCAGGGGAGGGGAGGCGGCUGUCUGGCUGGCUGUCUGUCCGUCCGCCGUGUGGCUCCGUCCCCGGCUUUGUUGUGCUCGGCGCCCGGGCUCCCGGCGAGGGGGCGGGGAAGCGGAGGGAAGCGGGGAAGGCGGCCGCGUCUCCUCCUCCGCCUCCUCCUCGGCCCCGCUCAUGGCGACGCUGGGCACAUCCGGGCUUCUCCUCCUCCUCCGGCGGCCGCCGCUGCCCUGAGCGCCAAGCCCGACUCCAUUAGCGCCUCCCCUCCCCCCGUCUCCCUUCCCGGACCCAGAGGCAGGGGGAGCCCCGGGCAAGGCAGCGCCGAGCCCGCGGAGCGGCCGGGGACAUGUCCAACCAAGGGGCCCGGCGGAACGGGCCCGUCAAGCUGCGACUGACAGUACUGUGCGCAAAAAACUUGGUGAAAAAGGAUUUUUUCCGACUUCCUGAUCCAUUCGCUAAGGUUGUGGUGGACGGAUCUGGCCAAUGCCAUUCUACAGAUACUGUGAAGAAUACACUUGAUCCCAAAUGGAAUCAGCAUUAUGACCUAUAUAUUGGCAAGUCGGAUUCAAUAACAAUCAGCGUGUGGAAUCACAAGAAAAUUCAUAAAAAGCAGGGAGCUGGUUUUCUGGGUUGUGUGAGGCUUCUUUCCAAUGCAAUCAACCGCCUUAAAGACACUGGUUAUCAGAGAUUGGAUCUGUGCAAGCUUGGGCCAAAUGACAAUGAUACUGUCAGAGGACAGAUAGUAGUGAGUCUUCAGUCCAGAGACCGAAUAGGCACGGGAGGACAAGUUGUGGAUUGCAGUCGGUUAUUUGAUAAUGAUUUACCAGACGGGUGGGAGGAGCGCAGGACUGCUUCUGGAAGGAUCCAGUAUUUAAAUCACAUUACGCGAACGACCCAGUGGGAGCGACCGACGCGGCCGGCGUCCGAAUACUCCAGCCCGGGCCGACCCCUGAGCUGUUUCGUGGACGAGAACACUCCGAUCACAGGAACAAACGGUGCGACUUGCGGGCAGACGUCGGAUCCCCGGCUGGCGGAGAGGAGAGUCCGGUCACAGCGGCACAGGAAUUACAUGAGCAGGACGCACUUGCACACUCCUCCCGAUUUACCUGAGGGAUAUGAGCAAAGGACGACUCAGCAAGGUCAGGUCUAUUUUCUGCAUACUCAGACUGGCGUUAGCACGUGGCACGAUCCAAGAGUACCUCGGGAUCUUAGCAACAUCAAUUGUGAAGAGCUUGGUCCACUGCCUCCUGGAUGGGAGAUCCGAAAUACAGCAACAGGCAGAGUUUAUUUUGUUGACCAUAACAACAGGACGACGCAGUUCACAGAUCCUCGGCUAUCUGCUAACUUGCAUUUAGUCUUAAACCGGCAGAACCAGCUGAAGGACCAGCAGCACCAGCAGCAGCCGCAGGUCGUGUCCCUGUGCCAGCUCCCGGACGAGGCCGAGUGCCUGACGGUGCCGCGGUACAAGCGAGACCUGGUGCAGAAGCUCAAGAUCCUGAGGCAGGAGCUGUCCCAGCAGCAGCCUCAAGCUGGCCAUUGUCGCAUCGAGGUCUCCAGGGAAGAGAUUUUUGAGGAGUCCUACCGGCAAGUCAUGAAGAUGAGGCCAAAAGACCUGUGGAAACGACUAAUGAUCAAAUUCCGUGGGGAGGAAGGUCUCGAUUAUGGAGGUGUUGCCCGGGAGUGGCUCUACUUGUUGUCACAUGAGAUGUUGAAUCCAUAUUACGGUCUCUUCCAAUAUUCCCGAGAUGAUAUCUACACCCUGCAAAUCAACCCGGACUCUGCAGUCAACCCGGAACACUUAUCGUAUUUCCACUUUGUGGGCCGGAUCAUGGGGAUGGCCGUGUUCCACGGACACUAUAUCGACGGGGGCUUCACGUUGCCUUUCUAUAAGCAGUUGCUGGGGAAGCCGAUUACUUUGGAUGACAUGGAGUUGGUCGACCCCGAUCUUCACAACAGCUUAGUGUGGAUCCUUGAGAAUGAUAUCACGGGAGUCUUAGACCAUACGUUUUGUGUAGAACACAACGCGUACGGGGAAAUCAUUCAGCAUGAACUGAAACCCAAUGGCAAAAGCAUCCCUGUGACAGAGGAGAAUAAAAAGGAAUAUGUCAGACUCUAUGUCAACUGGCGAUUUUUACGAGGAAUUGAAGCUCAGUUUCUGGCUCUACAGAAGGGAUUUAAUGAAGUAAUCCCACAACAUCUGCUGAAGACAUUCGAUGAGAAGGAGUUAGAGCUCAUCAUUUGUGGACUGGGAAAAAUUGAUGUUAAUGACUGGAAGGCAAACACGAGGUUAAAACACUGUACCCCGGACAGCAACAUCGUGAAAUGGUUCUGGAAAGCCGUGGAGUUUUUCGAUGAGGAGAGGAGGGCGCGACUGCUGCAGUUCGUCACCGGCUCGUCCCGAGUGCCCCUGCAGGGCUUCAAGGCGCUGCAAGGCGCUGCAGGCCCGCGACUGUUCACAAUACACCAGAUCGAUGCCAGCACUAAUAACUUGCCAAAAGCUCACACCUGCUUUAACCGAAUAGACAUUCCUCCCUACGAGAGCUACGACAAGCUGUACGAGAAGCUGCUAACGGCCAUCGAAGAGACGUGCGGGUUCGCUGUGGAAUGACCCUGCGCAGCCUUCCCCCGGCCUCUAUUUAUAUGCUCCUGUCAGGCAGAAAGCCCUUCCCUCAGCCCACACUCGAAAUGCUUGAACUACAGGAAGCUUUCCCUUUUCUCCACUAGGACACUGGAGGGAAAGGACAACUUUGGAGGUUUUUUAAUUCUUUUUUUAUUUUAAUUUCAAGAAAAUAGGUUCUGUGGUUCCCGCCAUAGGAUCAUUCAGCUGCUAUUAAAAACUAAUAUCUUGAACAUACAGAAUGCUGACUUUUCCUACAUUUCAACAGUUAAGCAGUAUUCUAUACUUAAAGACUACUACUAUUUUUGUAAAAGGUAACCUAUUAUAUUUGCCUACCUGAUUUCUAUUCUCAGAUACCAAGACGCAACUCCGGCAGUCGGUACAAGUCACGUUUCAGUCCGGUUUAAAUGUAUGAUACUGAACAGCAUCCAUACCUGCUAUUUUUGGAAACAAAAUAUUUUGGAUUAUUCUAACUUUGCAUAAAAUUGGCUGAAAGAAUCGUUAAUCUUUUUAAUUAAAGCCACUUAUGUGUUAACUGCAUUUUCUUAUAGUACAACCGUAUAUUCUGCAAUGUAAAUUCAACUGAAAUGUUACCACAGGGGGCUUUUUUAUACUUUUCAAGCAUGAAUGACAUAGAUAUGUCUUGGGGUCCUAUUUAUAUCGCUUGUCAGAUUCCUUACACCAAGUUUCUAGUGUGAGUGACACGUCCUGUAUUUGGCACAGUGCGCGUGUUACCACGUGGAACGGACCUUUUUUAACAGUAGACGUUUGGGUUUUUUAAAACAGCAUUUUUCUAAUGAGUCCGUCAAGAGUAUUUUUUUGUUGCUUUUGACUUUAAACACUGCGUUUUUCAGCUUUUGAAGCGUGCUGAUGAGGUGAGAAUUGACAGCGGCCGCCUGUCAGCAGUUCAUUCAGAACCCAUCCUGUCCAGUCAACCAAAGUUUGUUUGAAUGCAGCCAAAUCGCGUUAUCUAUUUGUUGAUGCUAAAGAUUUAUCAGGUAAAACGUGUUGUAAUCUUUGUCCAGCUGCUCAUGACACGUGGGUUUAAGUUACAACUAAGGAAAAAAUGGUGUCUUAAGUGAAAUACGUGUAAUGUGCUUCGCAAAUGAGGUUUUAAAAGCACAUAAUUUAUUGAUUGUAGGGAUGGAAGUAAAUAUAUAUAUGAAUUAUAACAUGGGUUGAUCUCUUCGAAGGGGAAUAAAAUGCACUACCGGUAGAUGGAACUGAACCUUGAAGUUAGUUUGGGAAUUGUCAGUUAAGGUCUGUCCGCUCUGCUCGUGGUGCGUGGGUGAAUCGCUCUGCUCCGGAGAUGGUGCCGUUCUCCUCUCAGCGCUGCAAUUUGGAAUAAGUAGCAUUUUUUUUUUCAAAUCCGUGGGGUUUUUUUUAACUUAGGUUGAAAUUAAUCAUUAAUCUGCACUAUUUUUACACUGCCAAUGAACGAGGGUAUCCAAAGUGCUAAAAGAAUGGGGUGUAAACAGCUGUUCCGUUUCUGCAGUGUAAGUCGCAAAGAGAACGGGGUAAUUUUCUGCCUGUUCUGAGGAGCUUGAAGUUAAUUUUGUUCUGCCAAACCUGACUGCCACAGCGAGUGAACCGCUCGGGGACGCUGUGCAUCGGAACCGCGGGCACGGGGCGCUUCCGGAGGGCUGUGGUAACGAUCCAGGGAGCCACAUCCCCAUGUUCGUUCCGUUAUUAUUUUGUACAGUUGUUGCUGGAAGGUUUGUUCCAGCCUUGCGUCCCACUCCGGGCUGGCUGCAGAGAUGAGGCUACUUAGGGGUGUGAAACUUGCCUUGACAGCCAGGUUUGAAAUACACCAGACCCGUUUUUUUUCCUCAAGGGACUGUUGCACUCAUGUCAAAUGUCUGGUACCUUUGCAUCUCCGAAUUCACGGCUUUCAGAUAAGUGUUGCCAGAGAAGCCAGCACUGCCCCUCUGCAGGCUGCUGGGGGAGCAGAGCGGGUUGUUGCCCCGUGUGUUUCUUGCUCGGUGGUGCCGCCUGUGGCCGGGACCCCUGCUCAGCCCGUCUCACCCGUGAGUUCCUAUUCACAGACUCCACAGAGACAGGUUAUUCUCACCACUUCACAGGAAAGAUACUCCAGUGUUAAGUGAUGUUUUUCCUGCUCUUGCUCGGGCUGUGGCUGUAGCCUCCCUGGUCAUGAAGCGUGAAAAACAUCAGCUGCAGUUUGCUGCAGGUUUUGGGAACUGGCACGAUGGUGUUUGUGGGCCCUUGGCGCAACAUCACGCUGUCUGUGUGGUGUCUGUGACCACGUCGGCCAUGCCCACCUCCCAGGAACCUGCUCCCUGUGCAUUUACGGAAGGCGUAGUUAUGGCCACCCUUACACCAUCAAAGCGUUUUUGAGGAGGGAGGAGAUGAGCUGGGCAGAGUAGAGACUUGAGAGGAGCUGAUACAUACUAUUGGUUUUCACAGCAGCCUUAGCAGUACGUCUGUUCUACCAAACAUUUUGGUGUGGCAUAGAUAAUUUUUUUAACUGUCUCAGAUAAAUAUUGUAAAUUUAAUAUAUUAUAGGCAAAAUUAGACAAAUCUACAUUUGACUUUCCCUAGCUGACUGAUGAGGAUGAAUAUACCAAUUACUGAGUGCCUUUCUACCUUCAUCAUGCCUGAGAGCUUUAACUAAAGCACCUCAUCACCUAAUCAGAUGUUUAUUUGAAGAUGUUAAAGGGUUGAUUCCUUUGCAAAAUUAAGUUUCAAGAUCAUGUCAGCUACUUUCCCCUCAAAAAGGUGCUAAGCCUAAUAUUGCAUUUUAACCUUGGACUUUCACCCCAUGAUUAAUGUGAAUAUUUAUUUCAAUGUGUCCCUCUUACUGGGUUUUACUUUAUCCAGUCUUUAGUUGUUUUAGAGAGACGUCACAUCAUGGUUUUAUGCUGUUGCUUUUCAUUAUGAAUGUUUAAUUAUGAACAGUGACUUUUGUAGAUUUCAAAUAUACAGUACACAGUUGAGUUUCAGAGGAUUUAAUUUCUCGGUGUAAAGAGUUUUGUAAUGGUGCUUUGUACAGUAUGUAUUCUAAUUCUUUUUUUGCACAUAGUUUCAGUUUCCCUAAACUGAUUUAUUUGUACCAAAUUUUUGUGUUGUACUAAAGUCCAGAGCACACAAGCGGUUUUUAAGUUCUUGUUCUACAACACUACAUCUGUAUCGAACUUCUGGUGCGUUUAAACUGGCUGCAUUGAUGGAAGUAAAAGCUUUGCUUCUAUACCAUAAGUAUGCAUCAUACAGCUUCAUGUAGCAUGCUCCCAUUGCUUCCGAUUUUAAACAGCACCAUAUAGUUAACAGGUGCCAUUUGUUGUACUUUACACUAUGUAGUAGGUUUCUGGCUCUACCACAUCCUCAGAGCUUCGUUUGUAGUUGUAAUUAGUUUAUACAAGUGUAAUUACUCCUCCACAAACUGACAGUUCUUAGUUCAUCAUUUCCAGUGUAUUUAUUACAGUGUGUUUUAGCAUUGGUAUCAUUGUAUUUUCACCCAGCUGUUACAUGAGCUUUAACAAAAAAAAUCUGUAUAAAACGGUUUUUAAGUACUUAAUGUAUGUACCCAUGCAGAAGUUGAGCAAUAAAUUGUAUGCUGUUUGCACUGUAACAGCAUCAAUGGUUUUAAAA